AUGCUCGAUUUGAAUACUGAUAGGGUUGGUUAUAUUCAGCUAAGUUCGUCUGGCCCAUUCAAUAGGCCAAUUAGCUGUCAAGAAUCUAACCAAACUGGCCCAACUUGGCCAGCGGAUCAUGCCGACACUAGAAUUUGCUACGAUUCUGGUUAUGCGAUUUUCCUUCUUCAUAAUUCUGGGCAGGCGUUGAAGGAGUUCUUGAAUUUCUGGGUUCGUGUUCAUACUGCUGCAUCUGCUGGGAUUAAUUGA